AUGGGGGAUAGAACAACCAUUAUUGAUCUAGCAAGGAUGCUCAAUUUGAGUCCCACAACAGUUUGGAGAAUGGUGAAAAGAAAACAGAUAAAACCACAUUCAAGUCCCUUGAAUCCAGGCAUUUCAGAAGAAUGCAAGAUGGCAAGGAUGAAGUGGGUACUUGGUCUCUUAAUGGACUACUCAAUACCAAAUGAUCCCACAUAUUACAGCAUGUAUGAUUUCAUUCACAUCGAUGAGAAAUGGUUCUAUCUUACACAAAAAACAGUAGCAAGGCCAAGGUGGGGACAAGAUGGGCAGUGUGAGUGGGAUGGGAAACUUAGUAUAUUUCCAUUCACAGAUGCAGUGGCAGAAAAGAGAACAUCCAAAAACAUAGUGAAGGGGACAAUUGAGACUAAACCAAUCAAGUCAGUGAAUCAGAUUGCAACUAGGGCCAUGCUAAUCAACUACCUAAUCCCAGCAAUUAAAGAGAAAUGGCCACCACAUGAGGGGGAAAGGGUGAUAUACAUCAUUCAAGACAAUGCAAAGGCACACAUUUUGCAAAAUGAUCAAGAAUGGCAGCAACAUUACAAGCAAGAUGGCUUUACAUUGAUAUUGACUCAGCAGCCAGCAAACAGUCCAGAUUGUAACAUAUUAGAUUUGGGGUUCUUUAGGUCAAUUCAAUCACUAAUGCACAAAAAGAUGCCUAAAACAGUUGAAGAUUUAAGUGGUGCUGUGACUGAGGCAUAUAAUGAACUGCAUGCAAAGACUCUAUCUAAUGUGUGGAUGUCACUUCAAUAUGUUGGAAAUGAAAUUUUGAAACACAAGGGGGACAACAACUACCAACUCCCACACAACAAGAAAAAGAUUUUAGAAGAUGAGGGGAAUCUGCCAGAACAAGUUAAGGCCCCAAGGUGGGCUGUGAAUGAAUGCAAACAACUUGUUGAUGAAUGGAGAGCAAAUCAGUGA